UAGAAAUCAAAGCAAUACGAAAUACGAGAAAUAAGGACAGCACGAAAUAAGAAAAUAGAAACUAAGAAAUAAGGACCUAGUAGUAAUAUAAACUCACAAACCAAAGAUACCUAUAUACACAAUGUAAAACAAUCCAGCAAAUUAAACUGUCUAGAAAAUAAAAUUUGAAUUCCAUAACCAUUUUCGUUGUAUUAAUUUCGGCGGAGUGGCUAUUACUGUAUUUUCUCCUAAAAUAACCCAACCAGACCGAUAUAGCCUUUGGGCGCAAGUCUAUAAUUUGGCUGGCCCAAAACACGUUGAGAUCCAAACAGUAAAAAGGGCACAGAAAGCGUUUUAAGCCCUUGUUUUCAUUUCCCUCUUCUUCUUCAUCAUCAUCAUCCUGCUUCUGCAAUACAAUCACCAUUACCAACAAACUUUGAGGGAGGAGUAAAAUGGUAAGUCGAGAUAUGGACACCAAAGUAACUUCUCGUAGAAGGUCCUUAUUGAAACCAGAACUAAGCACACGUAAAGUGGAUUCAAGAGAAACUAGAAAGAAUAGUUUAUCUGGUGAAGGUAAAAGGUCCAACAAUAGUGAGACAAAUUCGAUAAGGAAAGUGAAAAAAUGCGUUAAGUUGAAUGUGAAUGGGGAAGACGAAAAUGUUGUUAAGAGAAAACACAAAGAAAGAAAGACAUUGGACCAGAGAGAGAACAGGAAAAAAUCUGAAUCAUUUUCGAGAAAUAAGGUUGAGUACAAGAAGAACUUGGGUGAAGAAAGGCUUUUAAAGAAGAAGAAGAAGCGAGGCAUUCGAUUAGAUCCUCAUGAUACCUCUAAUAAGAGGCUUGAUGAUGGACUGACAAGUAAAGAGGCGGAGCCAGCCAUGCGAACCCCCUUCGACGGAACAACAACAACAACAACAAACCCAGUGUAUUCCCACUUAGUGGGGUCUGGGGGGGUAAGAUAUAACAAUAAGGAAAAGCAAGAAGAUUCAGCGAAAGAAAAAACUGUUGAAAUGUCGAAGAAUGCACAAUUUCGUGCAAUAUGCCCCAGUCCAUCUGUCCUUUCUUUUGUGGAAGACAAUUUGUUGGGUCGCAGACGUGAUAUUCAGAUAAAGAGGGCAGGCUAUAACAUUGAGCUCUCUGCUCCUUUGGAUAACAUUCCUUUCUCAACAAACUCAGAAAGGGACCGGAUUGAAGAGCCGGUGUUCAGGAAUAAGUUGGAAUUUUUUGCUGCAGCUAAGGUUUCCUCAUCAUUUCCCCCUGUAGAUCUUCCAGAGAUUGCUUUUGCAGGAAGGUCAAACGUGGGAAAGUCAUCUUUACUAAAUGCAUUAACCAGGCAAUGGGGUGUUGUACGGACCUCGGAUAAGCCUGGCCUCACUCAGACUAUUAACUUCUUCAAGCUUGGUCCAAAAAUGUGCAUGGUUGAUUUGCCGGGAUAUGGUUUUGCCUAUGCAAAGGAAGAAGUGAAAGAAGCUUGGGAGGAACUUGUGAAAGAUUAUGUUUCUACACGUCUUGGUCUAAAGAGAGUCUGCCUUUUGAUUGAUACAAAGUGGGGCAUGAAACAAAGGGAUCAUGAGCUCAUUGAUUUAAUGGAAAGAGCUCAAACAAAAUACCAGAUUAUUUUAACCAAGACAGACACUGUUUUCCCUAUAGACGUGGCACGACGAGCCAUGCAAAUUGAAGAGAGCCUCAAGUCAAACAAGUCUGUUGUUCAGCCUGUGGUGAUGGUAAGCUCAAAAUCUGGAGCUGGUAUCCGAAGUUUAAGAACAGUGCUUGCUAAGAUUGCUCGGUUUGUGAAACCAUAAAUGUUUGGCUUCAGUGCAGAUCACCUGCCUCUAUUGCAAGAUAUUCACGGAUCAGAUGGGUAUAAAACAAACUUAUUACGUUCUCUUGAUUGGGCAUUUGCAUUCCCGAUAUCAUCAUGUUUUGUCCAUAAAAGACCACAGUAAUUCUACCAAUAGAAAAGAUCAUCAGAGAGGAGACAACUCAUUUAUGAUUCCAGCUGAGAAGACUAGUAAAUGGAAGGAUCAAGAGUGUUAUAUAUUUCAGGAACUACAUUAGUUGGCGAUGAACAAGUAAGAAUUGCCUCAACCAAAAUUGAUGGAAUUGACUCUGAAAAAGCCAUUCAGUUUCGUUAUCGAUUAGGUAUCAGUGUCAACUUGGCAAAGCAGGAUAUUUUUGAACUCGUACCAUUUUGUAUGUGAAUUGUUGCUCAGUUGCAGCAGUCUACUGAAUAAGUAAAUGGUGUUAUCAAGGUGAAUGCAGUGUUUUUUUUUCA